AUGAGCGAAACACGACUCAGCAGGGUGACAACUGAGCCUCUUGAGGCAAACUACAUCCCAAGCCUUCAUCAGGCAACUCAACAAGUGCUUUGGAUUGGAUGCUCCGAUAGCGAUCUCAGGGAAUCCUGCGUCUUCAAUCUUCUUGGCGGCGAGCUACUCGUGCUUAGAAAUAUUGGCAAUAUGAUCAUUGAUGGCGACCUGUCCUCCGAGACUGCGAUAAAACAUGCUGUCGUUGACCUCCAGGUAGCCAUUGAUCUCGAACAGCUUCAUAAUUCUUUGCGGCCAUUAUGGGUGUGGCAUCGUGAAAGCAGCUUCAAGAGAUGGGUUAAAUGGUCCGUGGUUGUGGUAAGUGACCUGUCUCUACCUAAGAUAUUCACAUGGUCACUGAUUAACGGUCAUUAUAGCAAGCUCAAUUCUCUCUAUGCUGCGCACGAAGAAGACAUCAAUAAAGCCCCGGUGAUAGAACGUGAUCGCUGUUUUGUCGAGUUAAACAUUCUUGAUCAAUUGCGUUCGUUACGCAAAUUUACUGAAGUAACCGAUGCGAUUAGGAAGAGGCACUUGCAAAUCCAUGGGCUGGUAUAUGACACAAAAGCUGACAAGGCCUAUCGGGUGUUGGAAGGUCUGCGAAACUCUCAGCAUAUGGCUUAG